AUUCAGUCUUAAUCAUUCCAGGAUGAAGGUCGUCAUUGCUUUGGUUCUGCUUUCUGCUGUUGCUACUCAGGGCUUCAUUUUCAAUAGUUGUAAGUCAGACAGUGACUGUAAUAAUGGUUGCUGUGAACAUUCCUUCUUUAACAGUCGUUGUUUAGCCAAGGGUGCCUACCUUCAAAGAUGCUCAACUAGUGGUUGUGGAUGUCAAGCAGGUUUAACAUGUAUGAAGGCUUCUGAGGUCACAAGUGUGGCCAUCGAGACUCACGUUGGAUCAAAUGAAUAUGUUUGUGAGACUCAACAGAAGGGUGCUGCUACAACUAUGCCACCAAUGCCAACUUCAUCCUAAAGCGGACAUAAAUAAACUACUAGAAAAUCAA